AUGUCUGAUAUGAGAAGUGUCACAGAACCUUCGACACCUCGACAUCGAAUCUCUGUAGUUGAUACACUGGGAUCAAAUCAUUCACUACCUCCGAUAAAUAAGGCAGACCUUCUAUCUUCAACUAUUCCUUACAGAAGUUUGGAUCCACCCUUAUUCAAUCUUAGAAAUAUACAUUUGCCACCAAAUGAACUCACCGAAGCAACAGCUAAACUUUCACUGCAAAUUCAAGAACAAGGUAGUCGACCACGUUCGAGACCAAGAUCUAGACCCUCUACUCCUGGAAGAAGAAUAUCAGGAUCACACUCGCGUAUCUUAUCGCAAAAUUUCAAUGACAGAAGAACCAGUGAUUUACUAGCCAGAAGAAGACGCUCGUCAAUGAUUCGAACUAAUACUGGAGCUGUGGUUUAUGGUCCUCAUUAUGUUGGCCCGAUAACGAUUGACUACUUGAGAUUUAUUUGUAGAGUCACAGUGCGACAAAUCGAGAGAGACAAGAUACGAAAAGAAAGUUUUCAAAUGCAUAAACCGAAUAGUGAAAUCGAGAUAGCACUGUUGCAAACAAAUCUCGAUCUGAAUGGAGAUCAAUUGAAUGAACCAAAGUCAGAAAGGGACCUUAGUCCAGAGACACCACAACCAAGAAACAUAGACUUUUCACCACCACGUCCUAAUAUUCCUAAUGAAUUUGACCAAUCUCUUCCAAUUCCCAACGAUAUCGAGGGAAUACUUAAAUCUCCUAUUGGAUAUAAUAAUGAGCAACAGGCAUCUCCUCCAUCACGAGAUCCUACGCGUACGAAUGAACUUGAAGAUCUGACGUACGAGAACAAAGAAAAUGUUCCAAAUUUCCUAGUUGAGGAAAAAGAAGAGCCUAGAAGUAAGCCUUUGUCCUACUUGGAGAAAAUCUUACUUGCAAACAAAAAGAAAAGACAAUCAAGGGAAGAAAGCAGACAAAGUUCAACAAGAUUUUCAUUGUCAAAAAGUUUAGGAGAGGAGACUCCACAGAGUCCGGAACUAUUUGUAGCAGAAGACUACGAUGAAGAUCAACAUGAGCCACGUAUUACUAAAGACUCUGAAAUAAAGGGUGAUAAUUUCAUUGUUGAAUCAGAGCAAAUGAACGCUCUUCCUGAAGAAGUAGAUCAAGACGAACCUCAAGAAAACUUUAAUAUGUACGAUCCUGAUGAAAGAUUCGAAGAUUUUGAAAUACGUAAUGUUCUCAAAGAGACAACUGAAUCACUUUCAAGCCAAAUGGACCGUUCCACAAUACUUGGAGUUGCUCAGCUUACUCCAGUAAGAGAUAUGAGUUAUCUUGGCCCUUCAUUUUCGUCUGGAAGUCAGAUAGUUACACCCCAGCAAGUUAGAGUCAUUGAUUUUGCUAGCGGCGAAUCCCCCUCUGGGAUUAUUCAGGAUCAUUUCACAUUGGACAAUGAUGAACAAUUUACAGAUAUUUUUGAUGUUCCCCAAGAAAUUGAAAAAGAAAAUAUAAAAGAGGGAACUGCUACAUCUAAGCAGUUCGAUGAAGGAUUGCCUGACCUAGCGAUGAAGAAAUCGAAAGCUAGUAGCAAGAACGUAUCGAAACGUUCAAUUCCAAUCAGUACAAUUAAGAGUUUAGUGAAGACCAUUCAAGUUCAUGAUUCUAGUUCAUUUGAUGAUACAACCACUCCUAGUAAGAAAGUGAAAUUAUCAUACAUCAGCCAAGAUAUUUUCAAUCUAAUCCAAGAGAAAUCUGAUAUAUUCUUGACAUCCAUGUUAGAAGAUUUAGACGCCUAUUCUCGACAUAGAGCCAAUGGUAAAAUUUCUCUGAUCAACUUGAGUGAUGUAAUACUAUAUCUCAAACGUACUAAUUUUACUGGAUUAGGUCCCAAUAAGAAGAUGGAAAUCGACAAAAUAUCUCAAAUUGCACAAAAAUUUCUUCCACUAGAAAACCUAAUUGCGUUGGAUAAUAACUUGAGUAAACUUGAUCGAAGAAGUCAUGCAUCGAUUGUAGAGAAUUACAAUGAAGAACUUGUGCAGAAUUUGAACGAGAGCGGCAAUGAUGGCAAUGAAAGCGAAGAGGAUGUGGCGUACAUGCUGGAUUCGGAUAUACUGUCACAGAAUUAUGAUGAUACUUACUUACCAUGA